AUGAUUUACCUUCUAAAUCAGCGCAGGACAUGAAAACAUUUCCCCUACAGAGAAAAGGGCUGAUGUGCUUCUUGAAGGGAAUCAAGGUGUUCCGCCAUUUUGAAUUCUGACUGGAGCUUAAAAGUUUCCGAACCGGUAGCGACUGCGAGCGUCUGUUAACGCCAAACGUUACCCAUUGUCCGUAACACUUUUAUCUGACCCCUACACACUUAAAACAAACGGCUCUGAACAGGGUUGCCGGGGAAACAAAAGCCCAAGUUACCAUGUGACAAGGUUGGUUCUAUGCAUCAAUAUGCAUGAGAAAACAUUGAAAGCGCUACCGUGAAGUCACCGGUACCGUGUGAUGAAUUUAACAUGAACCUAGCAAAGCGGGAAAGCGGGGCAGGAGUAUUCAAUUUGUGGCAGAAGCUUUCGAAAAGCAAUCUUGGUUUUAUCCUUGUAGUACAGGGUUAGAAUUUUUCUUCAAGUGAUUUGCUGGAGUAAUUUGGGCGAUGCUGCCAUUAAAUCGGUGUUAGAAGUUUUUGGACAUUUGAAAUACGCUUUGUUCUUGAUCGGUAAUUGAAGAUGUCGCCUUGGUCUUGUGUUAUUCUUGCUUUUUUAUUCAUAUUUGCUGCUUGCCGAGCUGAAGCUGCCUUUGACAAAGAUGACAUCUCGUCAGCUGAGCGACUUCUUCGAAAGAUUGUUCCACUGGGCUCCAUGCCUUCCAUGCCGGACGGCUUCCCUUCCUUAUCAGAGCUGAAGACAGACAAGUUUGACUACAGCACCAACAGAGGUAAAGUCACAGUCACUGCAGACCUAGAGGACCCUGUCAGACUUCUGGGUCAAGGAAUGACACUUCAUGACGUGCAAAUGACUUUCAAGUACAACAAGAACAUACCUGGUGGAAGAUGGCGGUUUAACGCUGAGGGAAAGUGGGAACACGGUAACAUGACAGCAACAGUUAAAAUCGAGGAAUCAAAAAUUGGCGACCAUCACACUAUGGUGGCAGCAGCGGACAGACUGAACGUUUACGAAGUGGCAUCUAGCCUAUCAGAGAAGAAAAGCGUGGAGCAUGCUGGGAUGAAUGUGGAUACUCUAAAAGAACUCUCUCUCAAGGACGUUGAGAUGUACUCAGUUUUCAAAGGAAACGAUGAUUAUGUGUUUAUGAUUUCUGGAGACCCUCUACUCGCUGACACGCAUUCGUCAGAUUGUAAGGUGUUUAUACGCAAGAUGCCAGGAAAGAAGAGUGUGUUUUCUGUUUUAAUGGAAUUCCAACACGAUCUGCCCUCGCGCGCACUACUAAAGCUGGUUAGUGACGACCUGUUUAGAAUCCCAUUUAUUAACCACCUCAUUGCCAAAACCAGAGUCUUUCGAAAGACAAGAACAAACUUUGGCUUCGUUGCUUCCACGGGAGAUGUUGACAAGCUCCCACUUAGAUCUUUUGGUGAAGGGAUCCUGGCAGACGAAUUACAGUCCCACAUUUCUAAGGGCUUAACUCUCCUGUUGCCAUUUCGCUUAGGAAGCGAGGACAAGAAACCGGUAAAAGUUGCCGUGGUUGUCAAUCCUCCACUGGUUAAGUUCGUCACCUCACGUCACGAGCAAGUCAGUGUAGCACAGACCCUCAAAGCGCUGUCACCGAGUUCUAGGAUAAAAGUUCUGCCAUACGGUUUUCCAGAGCUGUCCUCUGUAAACAUUAAUCACUUUAGUUACAACAUCGAUCAAGAAACCUUUACUGUUCAUGCCAAAGUGUCUGAAACCUUCGCGGCCAUUCCUGGUCUCUUGAACGUUUCUGAUACCGAUGUCACGUUUCGUCACCGAGUUGGUGACGAGUUUAACACGUGGUCGUUUGAAGGACAUGGGGUUUCGGAGCUGGGAGGGGCAAAAGCAAAUAUCUCUUUGAAAACAGAGGACGAAACUAAGGUGGUUUUCAUCACAGGAAAGGCAGAAAGGAUGUCGGUUAGAUUGCUGGCUAAUCAAUAUGGUCUGUCGUUUAUCCCUGAUGCUGAAAGCGACGCCAUUGUCCAAAAUAGUCAAAUGAGUGACUUUGAUUUCAUCCAACCAAAACUCAAAACAGCCACUUCGGAAAAACAGAAAAAUCGUUACAUUCACAUCUCGGGUCUUGGCAACUUCCCGGGAGUCGACAAAACCACUGAAGCUGAAGCUGUUGUAUACGAAGACAAAGGACAAUUAAAGACCGCUGUUGGUUUUAUCUUUCCGAAGAUACCCAUGCCGUACAUUAUUGAGGCACUGACAGGCUAUGAUGUGGACAAACUGAAAAAAUUAUUAAGAAACAGUUUCAACACGUCUUUGGUUCUAUCAUUGGACGACGAUGAUUCUUUGUUCGAGAAUCCAACACUGUCAGGGCUUUCAUUCGAGCGUGGUAUAUCAAUGGUCGGCCUAUUUCGAAUGCCCGCGGAUUGCCAUCACGAUAAAAUGUGCAAAUCAGCCAAAAGCAUGCUUGAAGGUGAACAGUGGUACCGAAUCCAGGGCCUCGUGAAACGCGAUGGGUUCAAUUUGGCAGGGAUGGUAAAUCGUAACUAUGUCCUAGGUAAUGGUCUUGUGCUUAGGGAUAACAUGUUGCAGUUUACGCUAAACCAGGACGAUUCGUCCUUCACUGUGCAAACUAAGUUAAACUUUCCUAAGGAACCCCUUUCCUUUGUCGGAGAUAUAAAGUUUGACAAUGGGAGUGUAGAGCUGUCCAUGAGGAGCGAAGACCCCAUCUAUCGAUCGUACAAUGGAGGAUAUCUGACGUUUGAUCAGCUGUUACUUAACACAGAAAUUAUGAAGUCCAUUCCUUUACAAAAACUUCCACUAACAGGAAGAAUGACUCUGGGUAAAGUAGGCAGCGGCCAUGAAAUAAUGGCCCCUUGUUCGAUAUCAUAUCGAGCCAUGCAGCCUGACAUUAGCCGUGUUGAGUCCAAACUUUCCCAAGUGACCAUGUACCACAUUGUGGAAGCGAUGGGAAUCAACGCAACACUCCCCUUUCCUCUGGCCUAUGCUCCGUUUAUCGGGGGAUUGGACGUACUGUACGAGCCAGCCUUACACACCAGGACCAAUUUAUCUAUGAAAGGAAGACUUCACAUCUUCGAUCGACACUUUGACUGUGAGAUUAAGAUGAAUGACUCAGAUCACAUUCAUCUGACUACCUCCAACACAAAAUCUCCGUUUGUGUUGUCUAACGGCUUUAUCGUAGUUCAAGAGAGCAAAGAAGAAUCCAAAAGUGGUCCAAGACUCGAUGUGGAAAUUGCUCCUUUCGAUGUCAAAGCCAAACUUGUUGGGUUCGCCAGAGUGCUUGGUACAGGAUCGCCAACAGAAAUAAAGAUUUCUGAUACUGGCACAGAAUUUCCCGUGGAGGGAAAUCUUUUUGACAUUUCAUCAACAGGUUUAUAUAUUUCAUCACCUGAAAUCAUGGGAACUUCAGACUCAACCUCGUUCCAGGCUUAUGGAUGUCUUCCUGGAAUCCACGACAAAGUCCUGAAGGCAGUCGACACCCUCAUUAAGGCUGCCGCCAUAGAAGCAGAUAGUUUCAUUCACCAAGCAACAGAAAAUCUCAAGGAAGCUAAGAAUUACUACCGCAAGGCCACCAAAAAUGAAGAGUUCUAUCGACAGAAACUGGCUGAAGAGGAGACAAUUCUGGAGAAGAGAAAUAGAGAAGUUUGGAUGGCAGAACAGCGAUACAACAGCAGCUGUACAUUGGAUCAGUGCAAAAAGAGCUGCAUUGGAUGCCCAGAUUGGAACAGAUGUUGUGCACGUGACGUGUUUGGUAGCUGUGUUGAAUGUCCAUCUUGGAAUAAGUGCUGCUACAAGACAGGAGAUCCCGUAUGUGUUGCUAAGAAUCACGGUUGUGACCAUAUUAGGAAAGUGGCCAGCGGAAACCUGGAGGACGCAAGAGACAUCUACUUGGAUCAGAAGCGACGAGUAGACAACGUCACCCAGAGUGUAUUUGACUCAGAAUUUUCCAAAGGCAAAACAAAAGCAGUUUUAGAUGCCGCCGGUAAAGCUCUGUCAUUAAUUGACCGGGACUCAACCAUUGGCAUUGAAGCUUCAAAAUCCAUUAAACAUGUUGGUCUUGAAAAUGUGCUCAAGAUACAAAGUAUAUGUUUCCAGGCCCCCGUGGACUCCUUAGCGUCGAGCUGCAUUAACAUGAGUGUGAAUGCUAGCAUCAUGGGCUCAGAUGAGAUCAAAACACUGCCUUUCCACGCAUGUCUAAACAAAGAGCUAGUACCCCGGAUGGCACGUUUCCUGGCAAACUAUCUGUUCCCGGAUAUUGGAAGUGCCAAACAAAAAAGAAGCCUUGUUACUGAAGAGAAGAACUCUUUACCGGAAGGACUUGGAGACGGUGGCAGGCUAACAGCUUUCUUAAGAGGUCGUGGAUUGUUACGGAGGGCGAGAGGAGUGGAGACAGCCGAUGAACGAGAAAAUAUAGAACCUUUCUGGGAUCUUAUUCAACAGCACGAUCCUUUGAAAGAGGUAAAAAAAGCUUCACCUCCGAGUCACCCCAGCAUGGGCAACUUAAAGAGAAAGUGGAAGAUACCAGCUUCAAAGACCGGGAAAUGCAAGAUUUACCACCAGCUGUUGGAUAUCUGCCGAGAUAUGAUGAAAACAGUGAAAAAGAUGUACGGUACAUACAUGUAUGAGCGAUAUCUGUUCGCCAAGGAGAAGGACCGUUUCACGAGAAAACUCAAGCGGGUCAACAAACAGCUGGAGAUCUCAGCUAAGCAGGUUUCUGGCACUGAAGACCAAAUGGAAAGGAUUCAACGAAGUCUUAAUUUUGUCAGCGAUGGUGUACAAAAAUGGAGCAAGAAAUGUGACACUGCACUGAAGCAUCAAGAAACUAUCAGCGUUAAGGCCUGGGUCAAAGCUAUGGAUGGAAGAAUUACAUCUCUGGGCGGAGAGGGAGUGGAGCGAUUCUUAGGAAAUCUAUUCCGCGCGUUUGAUGGGUUAUUUGAGAGUUCAUCCCUCCCUGCAAAGGCAGCUGGGAAGGCCAUAACCAUCAUGCAAAGAGUGCGACGAAUCAAAGCGGCUUUUGACCAAAUCUUCAUGAAGGAUAUCACUUUAGGACGAGCCAAUUACCACGCGGACAGAGUCCUGUAUGACAUAGCAGAAAUAGCUGAUAUCAAAAUUUAUUGCCACAAGAAGAAAUGAGCCAAAUACGAUUAUUAUCAUAUAUAUUUUGUACAAUAUACUGACCAGAUGCUGGACUCAAGUAUCGUCCUAUUUCAGUCACAUAUUCAGUCUUCGUAAUGGGUUUCGAUCGAUUCCAUUGUCACGACAAUAGGGGAGUAUUUGAGUUUCUGGUAGGUAGAUACGAUAAUUUUAGAAGACAAUGGGGAAAAGUGGUUAUCACUUGGUAUUCAGCGAAGACAAGUCUGUUAGUAAUAAACUGACCGUACACUUUGCCACAAUCUGGGAUGCCGGGCUGUCUCAGCUCACAUUAUAGAAUUUUAUUUAUUUAAGAAAAAAAUGUUCAUCUAUUGAUGGCACAACUUCAUGCUGAACAAAAUAAACUAAGGAAAAAUAUAUUUCCUUUUUUCCGCAAGAAUAAAGAAAGUCUUCCUGUUCCUAAUUCUAAGGUGAUUAUUUUAUUUAACACGGAAAUGCUCAGCACUUCUUCAUUCUUUUGAAAUUCAAAGUGACGUCCAAACAUAUCGAUUUCAGUUAUAAAAAAACCUACUGAUAUUUAAGUAGUAAUUUAUUUUUGUUCAUCUGUUUGGAUAUUCUAACGAGAUGAUAUUUGCCAAUUAGAUUAGGAUCACAGUUGGGGUAGUCCAGAAUUUCAUGUCAUUGGUUCAAAAACCGAAUCAAUGAAUUGACAUUUCCAAUGCCCCUCGUUUUUAACGGUGAAAUUCAAAACUAUAAAACACAGUAAACGUAAUUUUAUCGUUAUUAUCAAAAUGUCAGAAAAAUGCAUUUUGAAUUUUGUAGGGAAAAUAUCGAAAUACUGUAUGUUUCUAGUACUAAUAAACGUAUUAUAAGUCUUUUGAA